UUUUUUUUAAAUAUACUGUUAUCAUUGGCAGCCUUCAAGAUCAUUCCUUCAACCACCUCGAGAACCCACCAGGACAUCACCAGGGCGGCCAUCCUCCAGAAAACAGCCGAGGUCUGCAAGGACCAGCAGGGAGGGAAUUCAGCUCAGCUGGACGUGCUCUCGGUGGAGUCCGUAGCGGAACUGUGUCUUUCUCCCGCCUCUGCUAGGUCACUGAAAUGGUCCAUGAGAGUAAUCAACAGCAGAAACAUCUUGGUGGACAUCAGACACGUCCUGGAUCCUCAGUAUCAUGUCGACGGUGAGAGCUUCGUCCAGGCGCGGGGUCUGAUCACACGGGGUCUCGCCGCGGUGAAGGCCAGCGUCCAUCUGAGGAACUACGACUCGGCUAGACAGCAGCUGGGAUCCACGCUGCACACCUUACAGGAUUUCUACAGUCACAGUAACUGGAUUGAACUGGGUUACAGAACUCCGUACAUCAACCUGAUCAGAUCAGACCUCCCACUGGAGAAGAUCGCAGACAAAGCCACGCCCACAUGCAGCAGCUGUAAUAAUAACUGCAAUGGGAACGUCCUGGACUCCAUCAUCUCAGAGAAGAUUCUCACAUCUGGAUAUUUCAGCCUGACUAAUGGAAUGAAACCAGCAGGGAAGUGCAGUCAUGGAGGGACGGCUGAUCUCACCAGUUACGUGGAGCCGAGAGGCGGGAUUAAUAAGGACAGCAUCGAUUCGUCACAUGGUUAUUUACACUCUGUAGCUGCAGAUGUUUCAAUAGAAGCUUCCAAACAGCUCCUGCAGGAGAUCAGAGAUGAAGCAGGAGACAUGGCAUUCCUCAGACUGAUGGGUAUCUUCCAGACCUCCUCCGCCCUCUGUUUCGUCAUCGACACCUCAGUCAGCAUGAACAAUGACAUCACUGAAGUCAAACGUAUCACGUCCUCUAUCGUUAACAGUAUCCGAGGCACUGUGGAUGAACCUUCAGCCUACAUCCUGGUCCCGUUCAGAGACCCAGAUUUUGGACCGGUAAUAAAAACAACAGAUUCUAAAGAGUUCUUAAAAAAAAUCGACGCUCUUUCAACGGGUGAUGGAGGAGAGGGUCCUGACACAAGUCUCUCUGCACUCUGGCUGGCUCUGGCAAGUUCUCCCCCAGCGUCUGAGAUUUUUCUCUUCACCAACUCAGAUGCCAAAGAUGUGGAGAUGAAGAACACGGUUCUAGCUCUGAUCGAGAGCACAACGUCUACAGUGAACGUUUUGCUCACCAACCCUCUGACCAACUCGACCAGCAGCAUCUCCAACCCUGUCAAUCAGCUCUACAAGGAUUUAGCAUCAGCUUCAGGAGGACGAGCCAUCGAGCUUUCCGAAGAUCUGCUCUUCAACACAACCAACAUCAUCACCGAGUUCAUGCAUUCUUCUCAGGUAACCAUCUUCCAGACCACGAGGAAUCCUGGGAAAUCAGAGCAGUUCUCCUUCGUGGUGGAUCCGUCGGUGAGGAACCUGACCUUCUUCCUGACACAAACAAGGACCGCAAGUUCUCCAGAUCUUCAGUUCACCAUCACUGCUCCCUCUGGUGAAGCUCAGUCCAGCAAGGAUGUGAACGGCUCUCUCGGUCAUGUUCAGAACCUCGGCGGUUCCUGUAUCGUCAGAAUCAAGUCCAACCAGACAGGAAGCUGGAAGAUCUCCAUCAGCUCGGAUCAGCCCUACACCCUCAGAGUCAAUGGACAAAGUUCAACCAACUUCCAGUUUGAUUUUGUGGAGGAGACGUACAGCGUGAUCAACGGACGAGCACGUGCUGAUAAGAACGUGACCUUGCUGCUCUCUCUGCUCGGCUCGAGCUCUUCAGCUCCUUUUGAAGUUGCUCUGAUGGAUGCCUCCAGCUCUGGAGUUUAUCCAGGAAUUCUAGAAACCAGAGGGAACGGAGAGUAUCUGGUCACGGUCAGCACCCUGCCACAGGAGGAGUUUUAUGUUGGAGUUAAAGGAUUGAUGAACUCGUCCUCCAGCUCAGUUUUCCAGAGACAAUCGUCCACCCGGUACAGAACCUCCAACAUCAGCGUCACCGUUCUCGGUGAUGGUACGUGGACUCCAGGAACGCUGUUCAGCUUUCCCUUCUCUGUGGACACAGGAGCCACCGCCGGAACCUUGAAACUCUCGGUCAGGAGCAACCUCCAGUACAACACGAGCUUCUCCAGCUCCCAGAGAGCAGGGGGCGCCGAGGGUACGGUGAACAUCAGCGCUCCGGCGGACACUGCCCCCGGGACGGAGGUCAUCGUCACUAUCGAUGCGGCGUCGACAAACAACAGCCAGGGAGAUUUUAACUACGCCGUGCUGCGACUCACUGUGUCUGAGGGAGUGGCGCCCCCUGCUGGAGGCUGGAUCUGUGUUGUUGUUGCUGCUUUCAUCCGUCUGUUCUUCACCGCAUAA